AUGGAGUAUGACGACAACUCCAUGUCACACCGGAGCUCCGUAGUCGUACCUGGUAUCCAUUUGUUCUAUCUCGCACCGGCCAACCGUGAGGCUAUAAAGGUUGUCACCUCCCCCAUCAACUCAGAGUUCCGUGCUAGCCAGAGAGCAGAGGAGGAGAUCGGGACUGCAGCACUUUCCGUCGGGGUCAUCCCUUCUGCGAAAGGCGGCAAAACACUCCUCACUCUAGGACGCAAGGGCGACAUCACGGUUGAGGGUGGAGAUGAUGGCAUUUCAGACAUUCAUUGCUGCUUCAAGAUCAAUCCUGAGACUGGAGUGGUGAUGCUCCAUGACAAGUCAAACAACAACACAACACACGUGCGCGGUCAUGAUUUCCCUGAGAGAAGAUCUCGCAAGGUUGCCAUGACCCCUGGAAAGUAUGAACUGUUCAACAUCGGCCGCCAUCGAAAGAUUAAAUUCAAGUUGGUGUGGUCUGGCGAUGUUGAAGAUGCCUUAGUAAGGGGCAAAGUUCUUUUCACGAUGCGAAAUCCUGAUGUGCGCGUCGACUCCCGCUCAUCAGCCAAAGUGAUCAAUCGGUGUGUCAAGGCCGGAAUUUUGGGCUCUGGACGCUGCGGAAUAGUGUACAAGGCUAUCGACCUUGAUACUGGAGCCGUGGUGGCCCUCAAAACUUACAAGAAGAACGACAACAGGCCAGAGCGGCUUCCAAAGAUUUUGCUUCAGAGGUUUGCCAAGAGCGAAGUGAAAAAUCUGGCAAAAUUGAAACACCCACAUAUCGUCAAGUUCAUCUCGGCCAGUGGCUUGGAUGAAGCAAGACCGAACAUCUUCCUGAGAAUUGAGGAAGGAAGCCUGGCCUCGCUCAUCCUCGACACCAAUUCAAUGAAAGAGCCUUCGAAGAGCAAACACCAAUUGAAAAUCGGAAAGUCCGUUAUGAAACAGAUGCUUGAGGCUUUACAUUACUUGGAUACCAAAGGAAUCGUUCAUCGCGAUGUCAAGCCCCAAAACAUCCUGUUCAGCACAAGAUCAAAGGGAAGGUAUCGUUUCGUCCUUGCUGACUUUGGUCUCAGCAAGUGUACGUCCGUCUUCUCGCGCAGCUGGCUAUCCGCGGGGACUAUGGUCUUCAUGGCACCAGAGACAUUCGAAUACUGCGUCAAAUUGACGACCAAGGUUGAUGUCUGGGCGCUCUAUGUAACCAUGCUCGUGGUAUACGAUAUCGAUGGCUUUGCGAAGGACUGCUUAAAGUGUAAUAACCACCAUCAAGUUCAUGAUCUGGUCCACAAGAUCAGGUCGAGAAGGCACUCGCUCAUUGAGCCGUUCAUAAAGAUGGCGUCCACGAAACCCGAAAACCGAGCCUCGGCCAGGCAAAUUCUCAAGCAGUGGCCAGCUAUUACAUGGCCCUAUGUCAAUGAAAAGGCAACACUGUCAGAUAGUUCAGAAUCUGACAGAACCGAAAGCUUUUACACGGCGUAUAAAGGACAUGGAUCUGAUCGGGCAGUGUCUGGUGGAUCCGUGUCUGACACAUCGGCAGAGACACCCCGCUCGAGGCGUAAUUCGAUGCCGGCUACUCUUCCGGAAAGUGUUCGGCAGUCACAGAUGGAGUUUUUCCGCAAGUAUCAAGUAGCUGAUUCAGACUGCGAUACUUGGUCAGAAACGGAAGAAUCAAAGACGCCACGCCGGCAUACCGUCAAGUCCUUCGGGACGGCGGUCUUUGACGGACCUCGGAGGACUGUAGAUCCGCGAGGCGUUCCUGAUAGACUCUCUUGCAAUCUACAAGCGGUCGUGUUUGACGAGUUAUUCCGGGACGAGUGA